CCCGCGCCCCGCGCCCUUCUGCGACCCCCCGGCCCCGCGCAGCCCUGAGCGCCCGCAGUCGUCGCGCCGCCGCGCCAGGCAUGCAGUAAAGGCUGAAAAUCUAGGUCACAGCUGAGGAAGACCUCAGACAUGAAGUCCAGGAUGUGGCCUGCACUGCUGCUGUCCCACCUCCUCCCUCUCUGGCCACUGCUGUUGCUGCCCCUCCCACCGCCUGCUCAGGGCUCCUCCUCCUCCCCUCGAACCCCACCAGCUCCAGCCCGCCCCCCAUGUGCCCGGGGUGGCCCCUCAGCCCCACGCCAUGUGUGCGUGUGGGAGCGAGCACCUCCACCAAGCCGAUCCCCUCGGGUCCCAAGAUCACGUCGGCAAGUCCUACCAGGCACUGCACCCCCUGCCACUCCAUCGGGCUUUGAGGAGGGGCCGCCCUCAUCCCAGUACCCCUGGGCUAUUGUGUGGGGCCCUACAGUGUCUCGAGAGGAUGGGGGGGACCCCAACUCUGCCAAUCCUGGAUUUCUGGACUAUGGCUUUGCAGCCCCCCAUGGGCUGGCUACACCACACCCCAACUCAGACACCAUGCGGGGUGAUGGAGGUGAGCUCAUCCUUGGAGAAGCACCUGCCACCCUGAGGCCGUUCCUGUUCGGAGGCCAUGGGGAAGGUGUGGACCCUCAGCUGUAUGUCACAAUUACCAUCUCCAUCAUCAUCGUUCUCGUGGCCACUGGCAUCAUCUUCAAGUUCUGCUGGGACCGCAGCCAGAAGCGGCGCAGGCCAUCAGGACAGCAAGGUGCCCUGAGGCAGGAGGAGAGCCAGCAGCCGCUAACAGACCUGUCCCCAGCCGGAGUCACUGUACUGGGAGCCUUCGGAGACUCGCCUACCCCCACCCCUGACCAUGAGGAGCCCCGAGGGGGACCCCGGCCUGGGAUGCCCCAGCCCAAGGGGGCUCCAGCCUUCCAGUUGAACCGGAUUCCCCUGGUGAAUCUGUGAUGCUCCCCAAUGUUGGGGUGCUGCCAAGCAGGAGGCUAAGGGGCCGGCAUAGCCCCCAUCCCACUGGGGGUGGGGCAGCUAUGAGGAGCUGGGGCCACAGGUGCUCCUGGCUCCUGCCCUUGCACACCGCCCUGGAACACUCCCUGGCCCCAUGGGCAGUCCUACCUGAUCGCCCUUCUGGAGGUGGGGGCCUCACGUAUUUGUGACUUUGGGUCCCUCAUCCCCAUCCUUGCACACUCACAUGAAAGCCUUGCACACUCACCUUCACCCUCACCCUCACAGGCAUUGCACACUCGUGCUUUUGUAUGGCCGGUCUUCUGCACCCUCUCCCCAUCCACCUCUCCACUCAGCCGAUCUCUCACGUUCUCCCUCGUUUCGCAUUUUCACUCUCCCUCCCACAUUCUGUGCUCAGCUCAGUCACUGAGUGGUCAGUGUUUCAUGCACACUUUACCUCUCACGUGUGUUUCCCAGCCCAGUGUUUUGGUGUCGCGUGGUGUGCCACUCUCUCCCCCAUUAACACCCACUGAUCUAGUUUCUGUGGCCCCUGCAUGCUUCCUCAGAGGUGGGUGGGAGGUGAGUGGGGGCUCCUUGUGCUCUCAUCUGUCACAGUCCCAUCCCAUCCCAUGUCAUGUGUUUCACUGUCUCCCCUAUCCCACUCCAAGGGCGCUGGCAUCACACUGAGGGCUCCCUCAUGGGAAUGGGGGUAGUGAGGCCCCAACUUCUCCCCCACCCCUCUGGUAAAUUCUGUUGUCUGAGAGAUGGGUUUUGGGGGAAUCGCCUGCUGCACUACAUGACAAAGGAACUCUUGUUCGUCCUUCCCAUCCUCCUAAGUCCCUUUUGUCUUGUCUGUCCUGGCUGUCUGUGUGUCACUCUUUGGAAUUCAGAGCCCCCUGAGCCAGUCCUCUACUUCCCAGCCUCCCUUAGGGUCUCCCUAACUCCACCCAGGCUGCCAGGGACCGGAGCCAGCUGGUUCAAGGCCAUCAGGAGUUCUGCCUCCAAAUCUGCCCUUCCAUUCCUGAGCUCCCUCAUGUCCUCUCCUGUCCUUCCUUCCUUCUUCCACUCUCUCUCCUCCUGCCUCUCCACCCUUUCCUUCUCAGGUUCUUCCCUACUUCUCACUGGUUUUUCCACCUUCCUUCUUUCCCUCUUAUCUGGCUCCUAUGCUGUGAUAUAUAUUUUUGUAUUAUCUCUUUCUUCUUGUGGUGAAACUCUUGA